ACUUGAUACAUUUCUUUACAUACAGCUCUAAUAACGAGUUUCUUCAGGACGAAACCUGCGAUGCUAUGGAAUAAUGGCAGCCAUGGAGAGACCUCAAAGGAGACAACCGAUUCUGGAUGGUACAAUGAUAUUUUACGUGUACGUGCUUGUGGUAGAAGGAAGAGGCAUCAAAUUUGUGUACAUGGGCCACUUUGGUAAUAAAAGUACACCAUUCCACCUCAAUAAUUCGGAACCAUGGCAGCAAGUAUGCUGUUGCGUCGUUGGAGAAUGACAGAAUGCCAAAUGCAUCCAACAACCCAGGGGUUAAGGCCAUCUAUCGUCCCUCUACUAUCCAAAAUAGUGCAUUCUAAACCUUCUACUAUGAAUUGGCUUCAUGUCGUCCCUCUACAAUGUAAAAGCAUGCACUUGUCGUCCCUCUACAAUGUGAAAACAUGCACUUGUCGUCCCUCCAUCCAAUUAAGCUAACAGCUGUGU